CAAGUCCAAAAGCGGCAAUACAUUUCCCUUGACCGGGAAGAACAACCCACUGUGCGCUCCCAUGAUGACAUCGGGGCGCUACAAGAUCUUUGCGAUGUCAAAAAAUAUCCAAAACUCGAAAUGCUUGGAAGAAUUAUCCAGGAGUCAGGCGACAGGGCUUGCCACAAGCUUAUCAAUUUCCACCAGAGGAUGGCCAACUUUCAGGAGGGGGUACGCAAGGCUUGGCAUCUCAACAAAUGUCUCGCAAACCUCAGGAAGACUGCACCAACUAAGCGUUUUCGACCACCUGCUGCACAACGGAUUCCCCGAACAAAGUGGGAGAACACGACGCCGCGCGACCUCUCCAGUCGCCUUUUCGAGAAGCUAUACAGUAGCGUUUGUCAGAAUCAGGAUCACCAGGUCAAGCUUCAGUUGAAUGGAUUUGACAUGGAUAGUUUCCUGGCGCCGCCAAUACAUUUCAACUUGUUUCUCCCUUCCUGCCCUACCAACAACCUUUGGCAGGAAUGUCAGUGUAGGGCCAUUGUGCCAAGGAACGUCAACAGCUUACCCGAAGACGUGGAAAUGAUUGUCGAUCUCUGCGAAGACAUUCGGGCCCUUAAUGAGAACCACCACCUGCCAACAGUUUUGGCCAUCCAUUUUGAGGUUGUUGAGCCCGGUCAUCGAUACUACCUUUGGCACGACCCCAAGUAUCAGCUUGAUACGCCGCAGCACUUUCAAGAUGCCAAGCCAACAAUAUCUCUGGACUACCUGAUUUGCAGCGGCUUCCUUACCGACAUACCAGAAGGAGGCGUCUUCGGGAUGAACGACAAGGCUGUUCUAGCAUUGUCUCUUUCUAGGUGCUUUCUCCAUCUGUGGGGUGCCUAUUGGCUCAAAGACCCUUGGACGGCGGGCAAUAUACAUUUCCUUGCACGGUCCGAUGAGAUCUGGAAUCCUCACCAUCCCUUCAUUCACUGCUCCCUCGACAAUUCCUCGCCCACAUCUUCAAUUCAGGCUACGAUUUCGCUUGUUUCCUUCGCAAAGCUCCUCCUCGAGAUUGAAACUGGCACACGCAUUGACGUUGACCCCUCCUCAGUAACCCAGGAUGAGUUCGAGGACACAAUUAUUUGGAAGAGAGAGUACAACGCCGCGGUAGAUGGAUGUUUUCAUAUCUUCGCAUUAGUUAACAAACAGAGCAACGAAGCAGGCGGUGUGGUGGACGAACUGGAUAUGAUGAGAAAGGCCAUUUACGACGCGAUUGUCGAGCCACUUGAGCAAAAUUUCAAUCUCAUUCCAAACCCGAGCAAAGCGCUUUAUGUGAAGAAGCUUCAUUUGGAGCGGAAGAGAGGGACGUAUGGAGUGGCGACGUUCCAGCCGGAAUAUCACCAACCCACAAGGAAACGUGGUUCAACAGACUCGACGAUGUUCUUGAUGGUGAGAUCGCGAGUUGACCGAGCCGCGAAAUUCUUCGAUUCCAUGGACCGAUUCCAUGCCCAGUUCAUACAACCGAGUAUCACAAAGAGCAAUGGACUAUGGCCUGUUAAGAUUGCGGUAUCAGACACCGGGAUUGAAGUUGAUAAUAGCAGCCUUCAAGGUGUGUUGGAUAACAUCAAGGAUCCGAGAAAAGCUUCUGGCUUUCGAGAUUGGAGAAGAGGUUCAAUCCGCGCAGUUCAAUCAUUCGUCACAUCUCCAGGAGACGAAAGGGAUGUAGUAGGCCACGGCACACAUGUAGCGUGGCUUGCUCUCAAGACAGCCCUCAACGUUGAAGUAUACAUCGCGAAGGUCUCCGCCGGCAAACAGUUCGAUGACAACACAGCCGUGGUGAAAGCAAUCCAUUGGGCCAUGGAUCAAGAGGUGGACAUCAUGGUCAUGUCGUUCGGCUCUGCAUACAUAGAUAAGGGGGUGAGCGACGCCAUUGACCGUGCUGUAACCGCUCGACCGCACCCAACACUUAUCUUUGCUGCGGCGUCAAACUCGGGGCUCAACAGCCGGCCAACGUUUCCUGCCACCCACGACAAGGUUAUUGGUGUAUAUUCCUUGGAUGGAUACGGAAACGACAACGGGGGCUUGAACCCGUCUCGAAAACCAGGAGGCACUUAUUUUGGCACAUUAGGUGUCGGAAUAGAGAUGCUGUGGAACAACAAAAAGGAGGCCCGAUCCGGAAGCUCAUAUGAUGCGCCAAUAGCCGCUGGUAUCGCCGCGAAUUGUCUGGUUUGGCCGGAACACAUGCUUAAGAAGGGGUACUUCAGCCAAGAUCAGUACACGUGGCUAAGGACGAUUGAGGGGAUGCGUUAUAUGCUCAGCAAGCAGGCUAUGGGCUCUAACGGCGAUAGAGUGGGGAUACUAUCAUUGGCUCCAUGGGUACUUUGGAGGCGUGAUCUUACUGAUGUAGAGGUGUGUACCAUUUUGAAGGAAGGCAUGCCGCUUUUUGGAUAGCCUCAUGGGACUUUUAGAAUCGUUGAAACACAAGGUAAUGAAGGGGAGCGGGGUUUCUCCGUUGUUACGGCAAGGUAUUUAAGCUGCGCUUAAUCGAUUAAAGUCUGAGGCGGGUUAAUGGAAAAGUGCUUC